GCAGAACGUAAAAAGGAGGCACAACCAGGAUCUCUUCAGUCAUUAAUUCCACAAAAAAAGCCUAAACUUGCCCAACAUAUUACUCAUCAAAGACCACCAUUUUCUAGCACCGAGGCAUGGGAAGCUGUUGCUACAGAAUCUGAUCCAGCAGAUUUUGUUCCAUUAGUAUUAGAAGCUAAUGAUAAUGAUGAGGGUGACAAAGUUAUUGGUAUAAUUUGUGGUGCUAUAAAAACUCUUAAAAAUCAAAGAUGGAAACCGGAAACACUUACAUAUAUGGGAUUGCUGUAUUUAGCCAAAAUUCGUGCAUCAAUUUUUUCUAAUGAUUGUAUACUGCAUGCAUUGUCAUCUUUAUUAAAGAGAGAUCAAGGUCAUAAUUACAAAAGUAAAGGAAAUCCACUUGUACCAGUGCUGGCUGCAAAUUUGUUAAUGAAAGGAUUUCAUGAUAAAAAGAAUUGGCCAGAAAUUUUUGUACAGCUUUAUAUUGAAGAUGCAUUAGGUGAGCGUGUGUGGAUUGAUCAUGAAGAGUGUAAGGGCUUUGUUGAUAAUAUAUUAACAGGAUUUAAUACAAGACAACCACCCAGAAGUGUAUUACAAACAGAAUUAUCAGUAUUAACCCCAAGAGAUUGUCAUAGCCCUUCUACAAUAGAUGAUGAAGAACCAGGAACGUCAACUGUACAAUUUUCUGGAGAUAAAGAAAAAAUAGAAUUUCCAGUAACUUCUAGAUAUACUCAUUGUAUAGACAAUGUAGAGUAUAUUGUAUUAACAGCUGUCAAGGAACAAAUAAAUAGGAGACAACCAGAAUCUAUUACAAGAAAUUUUUUAAGAUUACUUUCUUCGGCAUGUGGAUUUGUAGAAAUCAGAAAUAUAGCUGUUCCAAGAUUAGAAAUGUGGCUACAUAAUCCUAAAUUAAUGAGACCUGCACAGGAAUUACUCAGUUAUAUUUGUUACAAUUGUACUUCACAUACACAGAAAGAUGUAGAAGUUAUAAGUCAAUUAGUAAAAAUGCGAUUAAAGACUAAAGCUGUGAUUAAUUUAUAUUUAAAUGGAGUAAAGGAACUGAUUGGUCUCCAUCCAGAAAAUUUAUCUACGAUAUUAAAACAUACAAUUUAUAACGAAUUAUCUAAUGCACGCAAUCCGAAUAAUAUGCCAAUGUUAGCUGUAAUUUUUCAAACAUUACCUGAGCAAGCAGCUAAAUUACUUGCAGAAAUAUUUCAAGAUUUAUUAAUGAAUCGUGAAGAUUAUUUGAGACCUUUACGUGCAUUACUCAGAGAAAUUGUACGUGUUUGUCGACAUGACAUUAAUUUAGUUACAUUCGCACGUACAUUAAUGUUGGAGAGACAGGAUAUAGCACAACAAUUACUAAACUUUGAAUUCAAAGAACGAGUGUUCAUAUCUUUAAUUGAUUUACUUUGCCUUUGUAUGCUUUUGGCUAUCAGUCCACAAGUAAAGGAAGCAGCAGCUCUUGCACAACGUGGUGAUAAAGAAGAUGUAGCUUUGUUACAUCAUUUUCAAAAUUUAGUUGCAACAAUACAAUAUGAAGCAGUUUUAUGGCUCCGAAAUUCCGCACAACAAAUGUAUCUUGUUGGUAAAAAUGAACUGCUUCAUGGUUUACAUAAAAUAUUAAUGCUGGAAUCUGCUGAACAUUAUUAUAAAUUAGAUAACUGGCCACCAGAAUCAGAUAGAGUGUUUUAUCUUCGUCUUGUAUCAGAUGUUCCAUUAUUACAGACCACAUUAUUACGGUUGUUAUUGAUGGGAUUUGCUAAAGAUAAUAGUAUUACACAUUCAGAAACAUUAGAUUUGACGGAUCAAUUAAUAAGAAGAGCAGCAGCAAAUUCAACAGAAAGUUUUCCAAUGUUACAAGCUGACAAAACGGAUAUCAUUGAACUUAUCUUCAAUCUUUGUAUUUACCAACCUCCAGGAACAAUAAAUAUACCUGCUGGAUAUGUACCACCAACUUUGGCAAUAUCAAAUUUAUACUGGAAAGGAUGGAUAAUGUUGUUAAUUUUAGCUGCUCAUAAUCCUUCCACAAUCGGCGCUCUUGCAUGGAAACGAUAUCCUAUUUUAAGAACUCUUAUGGAAAUGUGUAUUACUAAUCAUUUUGCAUAUCCUCCUCCUACAAUGGCUUUACCAGAAAUUAUGGAACAAGAACGUGCCAAAGAAUUACAAGUUGAAGCGAUAGAAAAGCAAGAAAUACUUGAAUAUGAAUCUCAUUUGGCUGCAGCAUCAACAAGAAUACAAAUUUCUGAACAGAACAGUUUACUUUUAUCUCAAUUAAUAACUAUGGAUCCAACUGGUAUUGCUAGGAGACCACCACCAGCUGUGCUAGAACAAAUUAAGUCUUUAAAUGUAUCUCAUAGAUUGGGACAUUUGCUUUGUCGAUCUCGAAAGCCAGAUUUUUUAUUAGACAUAAUACAAAGACAACAACAAAGUUCAUCACAAAGUAUGCCAUGGUUAGCAGAUUUGGUACAGAAUAGUGAAGGUUCACUUAGUCAACUACCUGUACAAUGUCUUUGUGAAUUCUUAUUAUCUACAAGUACUCAAGCAGCUGAAAAACAGCCUAGACAACAACAAUUAUUAGCUCAUCUUCAAACUUUAUUAACUGAUCCAAAUCAAGAUCAACAACAUGCCUAUGAAGUUUUAGAAUAUUUUUUGAGAAGAUUAAGUAGUCAACAAAGCAGUAGCCGUCUCCAAGCUAUUACUGGAUUAAAGAUGGUUCUAGAUUCAAUACCACUUGAAGAGGAAACUAUGGAAAUGGAUAUUGAAGUUGAUAGAGAAAUUUGGUUGUUACGUAAGUUACCAUCGAUACCCCAUUUUGUAUCAGUACGUUCCUUAGUAUCCACAGCUCUUCGUGGUGCCUGCCAAGUGGAAAAUAAUCCUGAUCUUGUACAUGCUUACAUAUCAUAUCUUGCUGCACAUACUACUGAAGAUGAUCUACCUGAUUUAACUGAUUUAGCAAAUGAAAUUUCACAGUUAGUGGUUGAGCGUAGUACAAUUAUAGCAGCAAUUCUUCCACAACCUGAAGGUGAUAAUCAUCAAACUAAACAGACAUUACAUGCAUUUAUGGCAAUAUUUUGCAAUUAUCUAGAAAAAGCUAGAGCUCCUAGAGGAGAAGGAUAUACGUGGUCUGAGAGUCAAGAUCAAAUUCUUGUUCAAUGGAGCAGUGGAGAAGAAUGUACCAUGCAUAUUUUGGUAGUUCAUGCUAUGAUAAUACUGUUGACCUAUGAUUCAUCUGAUGAUGAUGAACUAUUUGCUAAUUUAUUAGAAACGUGGUUUCCUUUAAACGCAGAUCCACCUAAAGCUUUUCUUGUAGAUACAAGUGAGGAAGCAUUGCUUAUUCCAGAUUGGUUGAAGUUACGUAUGAUUAGAAGUAACGUACCACGAUUAGUGGAUGCAGCUUUGAAAGAUUUAGAACCACAACAGUUGGUUCUUUUUAUUCAAAGCUUUGGUAUACCUGUUUCUUCAAUGAGUAAAUUACUACAUACACUUGAUGCAGGAGUGCAAAUUGAUCCAAGUUCAGUUGGAGAGGCUGUACUUGAUAAGACUUAUAUGGCUCAGCUAGUUGAAGUUCAGCAUAGAAGAGGAGCAACAGGAGGAUUAGUAUUUGUACAAGUUUUGCAAUUAUUGGAACCGCAUUUACCGGAAGAAAAUGCCAUGGCAAUAAAUAAAUUACAAGAACCAUUACCACAAAGUGCUAUGGUACAGAAGCAAUCUGUUAUUCAGUGCUCUGUAAAAACUGAUGUUCCGCAUCUGAUUAAUAGACUAUUUAUUGAAAAUAUUUCAUUAAAUCAAAAAAUAGAUGCUUAUCGUCGUUUACAUAAAACACUUGCAAAAGAUUUGCAAAAAUCAGCUAAAGAAAGUGGAGCUGUAGUCUUAGCAAUACAACAUAUAUGUAGUGUUUUAAGUUCAAUGCAAGUAAAACAAUUCUUAGCAUCUCUAGUACACAUGUCUCAAUAUUCUUGUACUUUAAUGCGUGUAAUAUUAUUGCCUUUAAAAAGCUUAUCAACUCCAAAACAAGUGGUUGAAUUGGCACGAAAUAUGUGUUUAAAUUUAAUAUCAUUGAUUGGUGAUAUAAAAGCACCCAUUCUCUCAAUUUUAAGAGAUUUUGCAAAUGUACAGUUAACAAAUACACCACAACGUAGAGAAUUAACUAUAUUGAUGCAAAAUAGAGAUCCUGGAGCAAUUUUAGAAAAUACAGAUACUGUAAAUUUGGAAGGAGUAGGUCGAAAAUUAUUAGAUAUUAGUCUUAAACAACAGAAGAAUGAUGUUCUUAUUGAAGCUAUGACAAGAUUAUUAAUUACUGACAGUAACGAAGGCAUUGUAAGAUCUCGAACAGGAUUGUUGAUUGAUUGGUUAGCUUCUGUAGAACCUGAAUUAAUUGAUACAUGUCCUAAUCUUCAAAUGAAACUUUUAUUUGGAAAAACGAAAGUACACGUAAAUAUGGAUAAUAAUACUCUGAGUUUGCAUUCCUGCAGACCAUACUUGUUAACACUUCUAACACACAGAGCAAGUUGGACUACUUUAUAUAAAUGCGUAGGACAUUUGUUAGAUAAAUAUGACGAUGGAUAUGAUCCAAGUGCUGUAUUAGAUUUUCUUUGGGCAUUGACAUGCAAUCCAAAACUUUGGCAAGGUCGAGAUAAGUUUACACCAAAGCAUUAUGUACCUGAGAAUAUUUUAUUACUUCAAAAAGAACAAUUACUAAACCUUGUUGCAUAUGUAGUAGCUGAAGCUGUUAUUAUAUGUAACUGUGAAAAUAGAAAUGCUGCACUUACUCGUAUGGAACUUCGUCUUGAUUUGUUAUUACACUGCAUUUCAACAAAUGACCAUUUAAUUGCUAGAGUAGUAAAGUAUUUAACUGAACAAAUGAUGCAAAAUACCAGUGUGAAUACUGAUAUGGCACAUCAAUUUCUCUUACAUAUGUAUAUGAAAAUACCUAAAGUAAUAUGUUACUUGGAUACUCAUCAAACAACAAAGUUUGUUGCUGGAGCAAAAAUAACAGGAUGGACUGGUUCAGUCUUGGAUUGUAUGAGUCAUUCUUUAUUGACAGCUUUGGCAGCAACACCGCGACAAAAAGCUUGGACUUUUAAAUCUCAAGAAUUUGAAUUAUGUGCUAGAAAAAUAGCAGCUGUACAUCCUAUUUUAGUAUUACGACAACUUCCAAUGCUAGCUUCAUCAUUAAUGGGUCGAUGUUAUAUGGAAUAUAAUCAAUUUAGGACGGGACAUCAUUUAAAUCUUUUUGUACAAGUAAUGGGAUUGUUGGAAUUAUUACAACCUUAUAUAUUUAAUGAAGAACAUAAAACAGCUUUAGAAGAUACAUUAGAAAAUUAUUUUCAAUGUUUUCAGAUUUAUAGUCCAAUGAAAGAAUUUACACCUCUAUUAACCAGAUUUGUUUCUUUUCUAUAUGGAUAUAUCUCUUAUGAUCCCAACAGAGCAUUAAAAUAUUUACAAAAACAUGCCCAAAUUCUUCAUGAGUUACAGGCACAUUAUCCAAAUUUAGCCAUUUUAAGGACACUUAUAUCAGGGAUUCCAAUUCCAAGAGAAGGAGAAGAUACAGAAGAGAUACUGUUAACACUUGCUCCUAGUCCACUUCCAUCAGAACCUGCAAUUCCAGCGCAUCGGCAACCUUUACUAGCAAUACUUAGCAGAUUACAUGGAGAAGAUGUAUUUGGAGCUCUUCAAGAAAUCGAACAUUUGUCAUCUCGUAAACCUGCCGUGUUGGAACCAAUAAUCGAUAAUAUAGCAGAAUUACUUGUGUCACCACAGGGUAACAUAAGGACAUUAGCUCACACUUUACUUGCUAGAGCAUUAAAACAUCAUCCUGUUCCUAAUAUAAACAUAUUAUCUGCUUUCCAACGAUGUUUGGACAAUCCUAGGGCUGACAUACUUAUGUCAGCUUUAGAUAAAUUACCAGAAAUUGUUUUAUGUAUGCAAGAACAUGCAUUACCCUUGUUGGAAAAAGUAUUUGAGUUGGGAAUAAAUUCAAACGUAAAUACCGUUCCUUAUAUUAAUAGAAGUAUUGCCUUGUUGAAUACACAACGAGGUUGUUAGAUUUAAAAAAAAAAAAACACAUUUUGUACAGAAAAAAAUACAUUUUUUCAUAAUUACAA